AUGGUAUCAAAAUCGUAUGUGAAUAGUCCAUUGGUAAGGGACUCAAAACUAUUGGUCCCCAAAUCUAUAUUAUAUAGACCGUAUACUCUGCCAUUUGUGCCUUUAUACGCUACUUUUUUCCACCUUUAUUUUUCAGAAUAUGAUCGUUACAUUGGUGGCUCUGAGUGGACAUUUGUCUAUUUAGGUACUAUUAUUUCUCUUAAUAUCCUGGUGUUACUUAUUCCUGUGUGGAAUGUUAGAAUGGCUGCUUGGUUUAACUUUAAUGAAGCUCAUCAUAUUAACGCAGCAACUGAUAUUUUGAUUUACACUACUCCAAACAAUGGUGCCGAUGGUAUCGUUGAAAUCCAAAGAGUAUUAGAAGGUGGUGCUUUGCAAGUUUAUUUCCAAUUCCAAAAGAAAAGGUUUUUAUGGAAACCAGAAGAAGAAUACUUUGCUUCGCCAAAAUUCGUUAUUGAUGAAUCUCCAAAGAUUAAAGAUUUUAAGAAAGCUCAAGGUAAUUCUGGUGAUUUGACUCAUUUAGUUAGAUUAUAUGGUAAGAACACCUUCGAUAUUCCAAUUCCAAGUUUUAUGGAAUUAUUUAAGGAACAUGCAGUUGCACCUCUUUUUGUUUUCCAAGUCUUUUGUGUUGCUUUAUGGUUAUUAGAUGAAUUCUGGUAUUAUUCCCUUUUCAAUUUGUUUAUGAUUGUUACCAUGGAAGCUGCUGGUGUUUUCCAACGUUUGACUGCUUUAAAAGAAUUUAGAACAAUGGGUAUUACACCAUAUUCCAUUAACGUCUUAAGAAAUGGUAAGUGGACCACUCUAACUACAGAUGAAUUACUUCCAAUGGAUAUUGUCUCCGUUACAAGAACAGCAGAAGAUAGUGCUUUACCUUGUGAUUUGGUCAUGAUUAAUGGUACAUGUAUUGUUAAUGAAGCAAUGCUUUCUGGUGAAUCUACUCCUUUAUUGAAGGAAUCUAUUAAAUUACGUGACGACAAUGAUGAUCUACAAGUAAAUGGUCUUGAUAAGAACGCUAUCCUACAUGGUGGUACUAAAGUUUUACAAGCUACUCCUCCUGAGACUAAGACUAACAAUAUCCCACUUCCUCCAGAUCAUGGUUGUUUGGCUGUUGUUUCUAAGACUGGGUUUGAAACAUCACAAGGUUCUUUGGUUCGUGUUAUGAUCUACUCCUCUGAACGUGUUUCCGUCGAUAACAAAGAAGCUUUGAUGUUUAUCUUAUUCCUAUUGAUUUUUGCUGUUAUUGCCUCAUGGUAUGUUUGGAUUGAAGGUACUAAGAUGGGUAGAAUCCAAUCUAAGUUAAUCCUUGACUGUAUUUUGAUUAUUACUUCUGUUGUUCCACCAGAAUUGCCAAUGGAAUUGACGAUGGCUGUCAAUAGUUCUUUAGCUGCCUUAUCAAAGUUCUAUGUCUAUUGUACAGAACCAUUUAGAAUCCCACUUGCAGGUAGAAUUGAUGUUUGUUGUUUCGAUAAGACAGGUACAUUGACUGGUGAAGACCUUGUCUUCGAAGGUCUGGCUGGUCUUUCCUCCGAUAAGAAGGACAUCCGUCAUCUAUUCACUGCUGUGGACGCUCCAGAGAAGACAAAUUUGGUUAUUGGUGCAGCCCAUUCCUUGGUUAAAUUGGAUGAUGGUGAAACUGUUGGUGAUCCAAUGGAAAAGGCAACCUUAAGGGCUUUAAAAUGGAAAGUUGAAAAGAAUGAAGUGGUUAGUAAUGUUGAAUUAGGUGAAGUACAUAUUAUGCGUCGUUUCCAAUUUUCUUCAGCUUUGAAGAGAUCGUCUUCUAUUGCUUCUCACAAUGAUGAACUAUAUGCAGCCGUAAAAGGUGCUCCUGAAACAAUCCGUGAAAGAUUAGUUAACGUUCCUGCUAAUUAUGAUGAUAUCUACAAGUCCUUUACUCGUUCUGGUUCCAGAGUUCUUGCUCUAGCUUCUAAGUCUCUAAAGAAAAUGUCUCAAUCUCAAGUUGAUGACCUAAAGAGAGAAAAUAUUGAAUCAGAACUGGAAUUUAACGGUUUUUUAAUUUUCCACUGUCCUUUGAAACCCGAUGCUAUUGAAACUAUUAAAAUGUUGAAUGAAUCUGCUCAUAGAUCUAUCAUGAUCACUGGUGACAACCCUCUAACAGCUGUACACGUUGCCAAAGAGGUUGCUAUUGUUGAAGGUGAAACGUUAAUUUGUGACAAGGUCAAUGAAUCAGAUGCUUCUAGUAAUAAAUUGUUAUUCCGUAAUGUUGAAGAAAGUAUUUCUAUCCCAUUCGAUCCAUCUAAGGACAAGUUUGAUCACGCUGAGUUAUUUGAUAAAUAUGAAAUUGCCGUGACAGGUUAUGCUUUGGAAGCUUUGAAGGAUCACUCUCAACUAAGAGAUUUACUUCGUCAUACCUGGGUAUAUGCUCGUGUAUCUCCAAGUCAGAAGGAAUUUUUGUUAAACACUCUAAAGGAUAUGGGUUAUCAAACGUUAAUGUGCGGUGAUGGGACUAAUGAUGUUGGUGCUUUGAAACAAGCUCAUGUUGGUGUCGCUUUGUUGAAUGGUACUGAAGAAAGUAUGAAACAGGCAGCUGAGAAACGUAGUAUGGACAGUGCAAAGAUGCUUUAUGAAAAACAAUGUAUCUUUAUGCAAAAGUGGGGUCAACCGAUUCCUGUUAUUCCUGAGACUAUUGCUCAUUUGUAUCCACCUGGCUCUAAUAAUCCUCAUUAUUUGACUGCAUUGGAAAAGAGAGGUACGGUGCUUACAGACGAAAUUAGAAAAUUCGCUGCUGAUAUGAACUCUACUCCUGUCAAGGUUAUUCCUGAUGCAAAUGGCGAAACUGCUAGUGCACCAAAGGCUGGUGAUAUUGCCUCUAUGUUAAUGGAUAGUGCUGGUGGUGAAGGUGAAGGUAUGGAUGCUCCAACUCUAAAAUUAGGUGACGCUUCCUGUGCUGCUCCAUUCACAUCUAAACUGGCUAAUGUUUCUGCUGUUACCAGUAUAAUUCGUCAAGGUCGUUGUGCUCUUGUUAAUACUAUCCAAAUGUACAAGAUUUUAGCUCUGAACUGUUUGAUUAGUGCUUAUUCUCUAUCUAUUAUCUACAUGGCUGGUGUUAAGUUUGGUGAUGGUCAAGCUACUGUUUCUGGUUUAUUAUUAUCUGUUUGUUUCCUAAGUAUCUCUCGUGGUAAACCAUUAGAAAAAUUGUCAAAACAAAGACCACAAUCUGGUAUUUUCAACGUUUAUAUUACAGGAUCUAUUUUGAGUCAAUUUGCUGUCCAUAUUGCUACUCUAAUAUAUAUUACAAUGGAAAUUUACAAACUGGAACCACGUGAACCUCAAGUCGAUUUAGAGAAGGAGUUUGCCCCAUCUUUACUAAAUACUGGUAUCUUUAUCAUACAACUAGUUCAACAAGUGUCAACUUUUGCAGUUAACUACCAAGGUGAACCAUUUAGAGAAGAUAUUAGAAACAAUAAAGGUAUGUACUACGGUCUAGUCAGUGUUGCAGGGUUAGCAUUAGCAAGUGCUACAGAGUUCAUGCCAGAAUUGAAUGAAGCUAUGAAAUUUGUACCAAUGAGCGAUGAAUUUAAAUUGAAAUUAACUGGUACUUUAUUAUUAGAUUUCUUUGGCAGUCUGGGUGCUGAAUAUUUCUUCAAAUAUUUCUUUAUGGAUGACACACCAGCUGAUAUUACUGCCAGAAAGGUUAAAAUUGCGUAG